CUCUGCGGGCCAGCCCCUCAGCCCACGGUCAGGGAGCCCCGCGUCUUCCCUGCCAAACAUCAGCUCUGUGACCUUGGGCGAGUCCCUGGGGGUCUCCAAGGAAUGCAGUCCCUGGGCUGUGACUGACCAGCCGAAGUAUCUCUUAACUUUCCUGCCAGCUCUGAAUAUGCGUCUGUGUCUUUAUUAUCCGUGCUUUUGAAGUUGAGCCAGGGUAGAUGUCCCUGUUUGGGAGAGAGUUCUUGCAGGACUGGGGAGGCCUGAGUGGGGGGCCCGGUGCCGAGCGCCCCUCCAGAGAUGUGGUUAGUUUAGAGGUUGGAUCCUGUGCGCCUGAAGCCUAGAGCCCGCUCCACCCGGGCACUGCUCUCCAAGGUGCUGCUACCUUGUGCACCUGCUCGUCCUUGUCCUGUUCACUCCUGAAGACCAGUGGCCUGGGAGGGUGGGCAGCUAUUGUCCCCAGGAUAUCUCCUCUGGCCCUUCCUCAUUCAUAAGUAUGGAUAAUUGACAUCUUUCUUGGCCUCAAGUAAAUUGCUAUGCAAACAGUGUCAGGCUCCCCUACUUUCCAACCAGAUCGCCAGCCCUUGACCCUCCUCUCAGACUUUGGGAGCUGCUGCCCCACACAUCUCCACUCCCACCCCAGCGACAGAGGGCCAGACUCCACAGGCACCAGAACUUGGGAAGGGGAGAACAGGAGGGCUCUUUCCUUCACCUCUGUCUUUCUGGGCUAACUUGUGAUGGUCACUUGCCUUCACUCCAUAAUGUAUCUCUGGCUCUAGAAUUUCAAGUUAACUCGGUGACUCCUAUCUCAACGUAGCGUCCCAGUGUGCUAAAGGAAGAAGUUUGAGCAUCAGAACCCAGUUGCAAGGUUCUUCUCUGAGCUGAACUAUGGCUGUGUCUGUGGGCCGACAAAUCCAAACUCCUCAAGUGCAAGAAGACCUUCGAAUAGUGAAGCUGGAAGAUGAUUCCCAUUGGGAGCAGGAGAUUUCCCUUCAGGAGAGUGACCAUGGACCAGAGACCUCCUGCCAGCGUUUCUGGCAUUUCUGCUAUCAGGAAGCAUCAGGACCCCGGGAGGCCCUUAUCCAACUCCGGAAGCUCUGUCGUCAGUGGCUGAGACCAGAGGAGUGUACAAAAGACCAGAUCCUGGAGUUGCUGGUGCUGGAACAGUUUCUGACUGUCCUUCCUCAGGAGAUCCAGAUCUGGGUUAGACAGAAGCAUCCAGAGAGUGGAGAGGCAGCCGUGGCCCUGGUGGAAGACUUGCAGAAAGGACCUGGACGAUAUGGGCUCCAGGUGAUGGUGAGAAACUCACAGCCAGAACCAGAAGAACAGUUGAAUCACAGCCCAAAAGUAGAACUCCGAUCCUUCCACAAGAACGGAGGCAUGGAAGCAGCCAGAACCUGGAUGGAGGAACCACCUGGAAAGAAGUUGGGAGAGAUCUGCAUAUGGGGCUGCACUGGAUUUGCCAACCCACGACCUAGGGUCAACUGCUACAGGGAGGAGGAAAACCCACAGAGCCCAGAUCAUCAGGGCCUCGGAGAGGAAGGCGCCAGAGACUCUCCAGCAAGUGGAAGAGUCAAGCCCAGCUACUUGCCCAUCCUGAGAAAACCCAAGACCUGGGAGGAGCUGGAGUGGCAGGGCCUGGAGGAUGAGAAGGUGGCAGGGGUGCACUGGGGCUAUGAGGAGAACAAGAUCUUUUUGGAAAUUCUCAGUGAGUCCUGGAUCCAUGAGAAGCUGCGCACCUGCCAUCGGAACCGCCAGGUGUACCGGCUGGUGGCUGCGCGGCUGCGGGAGCGCGGCUUCCUACGGACCCUGGAACAGUGUCGCUACCGGUUCAAAAACCUCCAGACCCACUAUCGCAAAGCCAGGAGCAGCCGCACUCCAGGCACUUGCCCCUUCUAUCAGGAGAUGGAUGCCCUGAUGUGCCCACAGGCUGCCAUCCCCAUUCCAGAUGUGGCAGGGGCUCUGCUUAGCCAGAGCAACCCUGAUGUGGAGCAGGAAGAGCUGCAGGAGGGUUACUGGGGAGAUGAGGAGGAGGCGGUGCUAGCUGAGGCUGUGCUGGAACGAGUCGGAGGAGCCGGGGCAGAACACGGGCCACACAGCAGCAUCUUUAGAAGGGCAUUCAGGAGCCAUCACAGAGGAUUCUGGGGGGAUGAGCUAAGUGUUGAAGAAGUGUCUGGAAGCCCUGGAAUCCCCGCCCUGCUUCAUGGUCCUACUGGGGUGCACUGGGGCUAUGAGGAAACGAAAACCUUCCUGGGGAUUCUUGGGGAGCCCUACAUCCAUGAGAAGCUGCGUACCUGCCAUCGGAACCGCCAGGUGUACCGGCUGGUGGCUGCGCGGCUGCGGGAGCACGGCUUCCUGCGGACCCUGGAACAGUGUCGCUACCGGUUCAAAAACCUCCAGACCCACUACCGAAAAGCCAGGAGCAGCCGUGCUCCAGGCACCUGCCCCUUCUAUCCGGAGAUGGAUGCCCUGAUGAGCCCCUGGACCCUCGCUGGCACUGUUGAUGCCCUAGAGGUGGCAGGAGGCCUGUUGUGGAACAGGGGGUACUCUGAAGAGAGCCAGAAGGCCACACUGGAGGAUGUGACAUGGGAUGGUAGUGAACUGGCCGAGGAACCCCAGGAGGAGCCCAGGAGCCUUGGCCCCCAGGCCUGGAAGGGAAGUCCCAGUGAUCGUGACAUGAGGACAGAGGACAAGGAGAAUUCAAGCCAGGACAUCUCAGUGGAAGCAGAGCUACAGGGAGCACAGUUAGAGAGACCCCAAAUAGAUGCUUCCCAGGCCCCUGAUUGGAGGAAAAACUGGGCAGGCGAAUGUGGAGUGGAAAUGCAGUGGGAAACACCCUCAGAAGACAGACAAAAAGCACUCUUCCCUCCAGAAAGAGACGUAGGUAAACUCCUAGAUCCUCAGGGAACCUACAUAGGAAGGAAGUCCUGUCUGUGCUGCGCAUAUGGAAGGCAUGUCAGCCAGAGCUCACACUUCGCUGUCCACAGAUUAGCCCACACUGGGGAAAAGAAACCUUCCAAGUGUGGCCAUUGUGGGAAAAGCUGUGGCCGAAACUCACAUCUGGUUUGCCACCAGAGAAUCCACAUUAGGGAGAAGCCCUACAAAUGCCCUGAAUGUGGAGAAGGCUUCAGUGAUCCUUCCAACCUCCCAGCACACCAGAGAGUCCACACUGGAGAGAAGCCCUACAAAUGUGGAGAGUGCUGGAAGAGCUUCAACCAGAGCUCAAGCCUUACUCUGCACCAGAGAGUCCACACAGGGGAGAAGCCCUAUAAGUGCACUGAGUGUGGAAAAAGUUUCACCAGUAUCUCACACUUCAGUGCGCACCAGCGAACACAUACUGCCGAAAAACCCUACCAGUGCCCUGAGUGCGGGAAAAGAUUUAGCAAGAGUUCCACGCUCACCAGCCAUCAGAGGAUCCACACAGGAGAGAAACCCUACGAAUGUCUCGAGUGCAGGAAAAGUUUCAGCGACCGCUCAAACCUCAUUACCCACCGGCGAAUUCACACUGGAGAGAGACCCUAUAGAUGCGGGGAGUGUGGGAAAAGCUUCAAUCAGAGCUCCAGUCUCAUCAUCCACCAGAGAAUCCACACCGGAGAGAAACCCUAUGAGUGUACUGAAUGUGGGAGGCGAUUCAACAACAGCUCACAUUUCAGUGCACAUCGGAGGACCCACAUGGCAGAGACUCAAAAUGUAGUAGGAUCAUCUUUAAAACAGCAAGUCUAAGGACACUGCAGAAUCCAUUCCAAAAAUGGUUUGUACUGUCCUGAUUCUCUAUCAUGACACCCACUCGAAAUGGAGAGAAAGAAUUUAGAUCCCAGCCCAGUAGAUGUUAUUUUGUUUCUCUCUCUAAAAACUCACUUGGCUUAUGAAAUACUACUCAGGGCUUUCUUCUACACACUGUCGUAAUGGAAGCUCAUUUGCAGAGAAUUCAGAGACUGGUUCUGAAUUUGACCAGGUCACCAUUACAGUAUGUGUCCACUAUGACCCUAUGCCUUAACUUCCAGGCUUGGUAAGCUGGGGGUGGGAGUCCUGUCCCCGAGACCCUCCUCCAAGGAUGGGAGCCUCCGCCCUGCUGUGUGGCUGGCACUGUGGACAGCUGGCUCGGGCACAGAGCAGCAGGUGCUGAGCUGUCUCUUCUCAGCACUGGGCAGCUGAACUGGGAUUACUUAACUCUCUACACUUUUAAAGAUCUUCUACGAUCCUCCCUAUAGGAAGAUGGGGGCCUGGGAACUGCCUCCAUUCUCCGCAUUCGUUUUCUUAGGAUUUAUAUGGAGUGACUGGAAAGGAAAGCACUCUUAUCACAUUGGAGGAGGGCAAAGGAGAAAAGAUCAUCGCUGGAGGUUGGCUUUCUACACCAUGACUUACCCUUCCUAUCAACAUAUUAGGUCAAAUCAUAGGAGAUUGCCGUUUUGAUCUCCAAAACCAGCAAUUUCAUGAUUCAACCUAAACAGACUUUUUGCAGGGUAGAAUUACUUCAGACUGCCAGCAGGGCUGCUGCAGAGCCUUACAGGUCCUGCUGUGUCCUAAGAUACAACACUGGGUUGAGGAGAUCACAAACAGGAUGGUGUAGUGGAGAAAGCCUUUUCUGUUUGUAAAUAUAUCCAGAGCAAUAACUAGGAACCAUGGCAUUAAGAGGACUCCCAGCUGGAGGAUCUGCCUCUCUACCACUGGCCUCUACCACAUAGCUCCUUCAGGGAAGGCCAUGUCCUGGUCCACAGGUUCCUGGAGAUUGGGGUAUCUCUGUGAGACCAGAGCACAAUUCCUGGGGGCACACUCUGACACACAGAGCAAAUGGUGCUCGGAAAUAAGUUGAAAACAGUUUCUCCCUCUUAAAAUAGUCAUCUUUGGGUGGCUCAGUCGGUUAAGCAUCUGACUCCUGAGAUCUCUCUCUAUCUUGUGCCUGGGAGUUCAAACUCCAUGUUGUGUCUCAUGCUAGAUAUGGAGCCUGCUUAAAAAAUAAAAAAGUUUCCUUUGUGCAUUUAA